GACUCUUGCCUGCUGUUGACGGGCUGUUCGUUUCUCUUCCUCCCCCUCACACCCCUGAACUCCGGUCCGGUAACGCUACGGCAGAAGGAGUGAACGCGACACGGGAGCUCCGCGCAGUGUUCUUCGGUGGUCGGGCUCGCGCCACUCAUCGGUACCCCUGAGGGCGCGCGCGGAAGAACUGAAGUCACUUUAACAUCCCAACGAGUCCAUGGCUGCCCCCGCACACAGCAGCUGCCUGUGGAUGCUGGUUCUGGGCGCGUGCGUGUCGCUGGUGUUGGGGACCGAGUGCGGGAAGGAGUGCGCACUGUGCGUGUACCGUCUGCUGGGCCAGCAGUCUGGUUUCUCCUCCCCGACCUGCUCACUCGAGUGCGAGGGUGAGUUGGACACCCAGAAGCUGCGCCUGUGCCGGGACUUCCUAUUGGAGGAGGACAUCCACAUUCCUCUGAAUGCUGACCCCCGUCAACCGCAGGAACAGGAAGCCGCGGACCCCGUGACAGCCGACGAUGAGGACGCCCCAUCACCGGAGCACCUGCUGGCCAAGAAGUACGGCGGCUUCAUGAAGCGCUAUGGCGGCUUCAUGUCUCGCCGCUCCCCCUCUCAAGAGGGGGUACUGGCGGAUCCUGGGAACCAGGACGAAGAAGAGAACGUUCGCCUGGAGAUCCUCAAGUUUCUCAAUGCCGCGGAUGAGCACGGCGGUGAGGGGGAAGGUCAGGGGCGGGAGGCCGUGAAGAGGUACGGGGGCUUCAUGCGUCGGGCCGGAGGAGGGGCGGCGCCGGGCGACCUGCUGGAGGCGGUGUUAGGCCGCGGGCUCAAGAAGCGCUACGGGGGGUUCAUGAGGCGCGUGGGCAGGCCUGAGUGGCUGGUGGACAGCAGCAAGAGCGGGGGGGUGUCGAAACGGGCCUGGGAGAACGGCAGCGAGCUCCAGAAGAGGUACGGGGGGUUCAUGGACUAG